AUGGCCGACUCUUCUCAUUCAAUAAGUUCAAAGGACAUUGCCUCGGCUAUCUCUCUCUACGACCAAUCCAUAUAUACCAAUAAUAGAUCCACCAAUCUGGACCUAGACCAGAGGUCAAUGAGCCCUUCCAAUAUCGCUUCGGGUGAGGACAGGAUAACAAGAACCAACUCUGGUGGCUCUAUCACUUCAGGAGCUUCUAUGAUUGCCACUAAGGAUGGGAUUCAAGGGUGUAACGUUAAAAGAGAUGGGAUUCCGAAAUACUCUUUAAAUCUGCUGAACUCUAUGGUUCGCAAGCAAUAUGAGCACAGUAAUGGUAACAAGUCCCCUACUCCAAGUAGCAACAAUAAACUCGAUCCGAAGAACGAAAAGAAGAAUAAAAAGAAAAGUAAAGGUAAAGAUGGGACAAAUACGGUCGCCCAUGACCAGAACGAAAAAUUUUACAAACUGAACCCCGCUUCCACUUCAAAUUCGAAUGUGAUUUCUAACUCUUCUACUUCAUUAUCUGACCAGUUUUAUUUCCAGAAAAGUAACGCCGAAUCAGCGCCAUUAAGUAAUGCGAACUACCCACAAUCCAACCAUUCCCCUUCUUUGAACUCAAUGGAUAAUAGUACAAAGCAUAGCAGUAACGUACAUACUUGA